GCACAAAUUGUUUUCUGUUUGGCUUUAAAAGUCCUGGUUUGGUUGGAAUUAUAUGUAUAGUUAGUUUGGCUGCCAGGAGGUUAAGUGAGUGGUGAAGAAUGGACGUGAUUAAAUUAACUUUUUUGGUGUUUCUUUAUCAGCAGUUGCUAUGGCAAGGAAACGUCUGGAGUCAGGCUGCUAACGCCACCGUCAGCACGAUGCCGCCUCAGGACGACUCUGGGGAUAACGCCACCGUCAGCACGACGCCGCCUCCUCAGGACGACUCUGGGGAUAACGCCACCGUCAGCACGACGCCGCCUCCUCAGGACGACUCUGGGGAUAACGCCACCGUCAGCACGACGCCGCCGCCUCAGGACGACUCUGGGGAUAACGCCACCGUCAGCACGGCGCCGCCGCCUCAGGACAACUCUGGGGAUAACGCCACCAUCAGCACGACGCCGCCGCCUCAGGAUGACUCUGGGGAUAACGCCACCGUCAGCACGACGCCGCCUCCUCAGGACGACUCUGGGGAUAACGCCACCGUCAGCACGACGACGCCGCCGCCUCAGGACGACUCUGGGGAUAACGCCACCGUCAGCACGACGCCGCCGCCUCAGGACGACUCUGGGGAUAACGCCACCGUCAGCACGACGCCGCCGCCUCAGGACGACUCUGGGGAUAACGCCACCGUCAGCACGACGCCGCCGCCUCAGGACGACUCUGGGGAUAACGCCACCGUCAGCACGACGCCGCCGCCUCAGGACGACUCUGGGGAUAACGCCACCGUCAGCACGACGCCGCCGCCUCAGGACGACUCUGGGGAUAACGCCACCGUCAGCAAGACGCCGCCUCCUCAGGACGACUCUGGGGAUAACGCCACUGUCAGCAAGACGCCGCCGCCUCAGGACGACUCUGGGGAUAACGCCACCGUCAGCACGACGCCGCCGCCUCAGGACGACUCUGGGGAUAACGCCACUGUCAGCAAGACGCCGCCUCCUCAGGACGACUCUGGGGAUAACGCCACUGUCAGCAAGACGCCGCCGCCUCAGGACGACUCUGGGGAUAACGCCACUGUCAGCAAGACGCCGCCUCCUCAGGACGACUCUGGGAUAACGCCACUGUCAGCAAGACGCCGCCGCCUCAGGACGACUCUGGGGAUAACGCCACUGUCAGCAAGACGCCGCCUCCUCAGGACGACUCUGGGGAUAACGCCACUGUCAGCAAGACGCCGCCGCCUCAGGACGACUCUGGGGAUAACGCCACUGUCAGCACGACGCCGCCUCCUGAGGACGACUCUGGGGAUAACGCCACUGUCAGCAAGACGCCGCCGCCUCAGGACGACUCUGGGGAUAACGCCACUGUCAGCACGACGCCGCCUCCUCAGGACGACUCUGGGGAUAACGCCACUGUCAGCAAGACGCCGCCGCCUCAGGACGACUCUGGGGAUAACGCCACUGUCAGCAAGACGCCGCCUCCUCAGGACGACUCUGGGGAUAACGCCACUGUCAGCACGACGCCGCCGCCUCAGGACGACCCCGACUCUGGGGAUGACGCCACCGUCAGCACGACGCCGCCGCCUCAGGACGACGCCGCCUCUGGGGAUAACGACGCCGUCAGCACGACGCCGCCUCAGGACGACGCCGCCUCUGGGGAUAACGACGCCCUCAGCACGACGCCGCCUCAGGACGACGCCGCCUCUGGGGAUAACGACGCCCUCAGCACGACGCCGCCUCAGGGGAUAACGACGCCGUCAGCACGACGCCGCCUCAGCACGACGCCGCCUCUGUGGAUAACGACGCCGUCAGCACGACGCCGCCUCAGCACGACGCCGCCUCUGUGGAUAACGACGCCGUCAGCACGACGCCGCCUCAGCACGACGCCGCCUCUGUGGAUAACGACGCCGUCAGCACGACGCCGCCUCUGGGGAUAACUACGCCGUCAGCACGACGCCGCCUCAGGACGACUACUCUGGGGGUAACAGGACCACGAGCUGGCUUCAAAUGUUGCCUUGAAUUUCUGAUAAAGCAUGUUUUAACUUUACUUGAUAACAUAAUUUACUAACUGUACAAUUAAACAAUCUAAUUGUGGUAGGUUUGCGUUAAAUUAAAAGAUCGCUCUUUGCAUUCAUGUGUUCUUAUCUGUUUAUCUUUUUUGUGAAAGAUCUGCAGCAUAAAUCAUUGUCUAUGAGCAGCUAUGUAUUUUUUUAUUUUAUUUUGCAUUAUCAGAUUAAACGGAUAUUAGG